CCUAUGUUUUCUCAUCUUCUCUAAAUUCAAUUUCUCAAAAUCUUCAUAAAGUUGCUCCUUUGCUCUCAGAUUGAGAUUCUGGGUUUUCUCAUAUCCUUCUUCUCCAUCGAUAUUGUUCUUCGGCCUCUCUUCUGUUCCUCAAAUUUCGAAUCUUUUUUCAUCUGUAUUUUUCCCGUUGUUAUGGCUGUUAAGGGUGAGAAAACAUCGAAGCGCACCACCAAUCCCGGUGUUCGAGUCAUCGGAGGAAGGAUCUACGAUUCUAGUAAUGGCAAAACUUGUCACCAGUGUCGACAGAAGACAAUGGACUUUGUUGCAUCGUGCAAGGCCAUGAAGAAGGACAAGCUGUGUACCAUUAAUUUCUGUCAUAAGUGUUUAAUAAACAGGUAUGGUGAGAAUGCAGAAGAGGUAGCAAAGUUGGAUGAUUGGAUGUGUCCUCAGUGCAGAGGCAUCUGCAAUUGCAGUUUUUGCAGGAAGAAACGAGGGCUCAAUCCCACUGGGAUAUUGGCACACAAGGCUAAAGCCAGUGGAUUAGCUUCAGUUUCUGAGCUUCUUGAAGUUGAAGGGAGUGUUAACUUUGCUUAUCAGAAGAAGCCAAAACUGGAUGUUGAUUCUACGGAAGACAGUUGUGGCAACAAUGACUCUGUUCUUGAGACAGAUUUCAAAGUAGCUGAUGUUUCUAAGGAGAAGACGAAAGUGGUGGGCAAGAGCAAGACAGCCAAAGCCACUGACAAUCUUGAAGAGGAGAUUCAGUUUGAGGCUCAACUGCCACAGGGUAUAAGCUUGACUUCUAUUUCAGGCAUUGUUAUACCCACUGAAGAUGCUGGAAAUGUAUUCCAGCUUUUUGAGUUUUGCUCAGCCUUUGGAAAGGCUCUUGCUUUAAAGGAAGAACAAGCUGAAACUGUCGUUCGUGAACUGUUCUUAUGUGGGCGUAACACAAGGAGACAACAGUACUGCUCUAUUAUCCCAAUGAUGAUCCAGUUGUUGGAUUUAAUAUCACAGGACAGAGAGAUGUCUUUGUCUCUAAGUGCUACUGACAGCAGUUGGUUCACUGCUAUUGGAGAGAUCUUAUUGCAGUCAGAAGUUUCCUAUGAUGAGUUCCCACCUGAAACUUUUGAAGUGGGUCUUGCUGAGUACGAGAAGAUGGAUGCAUCAAGAAGGCUCAAGCUUCUCAAUAUCUUAUGUGAUGAAUCACUUAGCACACAGGCAAUGAGGAACUGCAUUAACAGCCAGAGUGCAGAGUGGAAAGCAAAGGACAAAGAAGCCAAAGAAAGGGCUGCAGCCGCAAAGGAAAAGGAGAAGCAGCUCAAACAGAAGAUGCAAGGUGAUGUUGCCAAAGCCAUUAUGGAGAAAAACCGAGCUCCAUUGUCCAUUGAAGAACAUAACUUAAUUAUGUCUCAAAUUAGAGCUGAAGCUAAAAAGGCUCAUGAAGAAAUGGUGGAGGCAAAGGGCAUGACAUCUGGAACGAUGCUUAUAUGUGAUGCGCGUAGAACUGAACCAAUCAUGUUGGAAGAUAAUGGUCUUGUUCUCUGGAAAUUGAAGUGCUACAAAGAAGAACCAAUUUUCUUGCUUCAAGAUCUAGGAACAUUUGAUGGUUUAUGUCCAAAUGAAAAAUGGUUAGCUUUUAAGCCUGAGCAGAAGCCAGAGAUAGAGAGCUAUAUCUCUUACAAGAGGAGGCUGAUGCAAACACAGAAGAACACAAAUCUGGAAAUGAAUGCCAAAGCAGAAGCAUAAGAAUCAGCACUAAAUACCAACUCAAGAGCUCAACAUUUCUGAACAACCUUAAAGCUUAUUAUUUUUUGUGUAAGAAAAGUAGGGUAUGAGGAUCGGCCAAUAACUCAUUUCCUAUUCUCUUUUGAUUCUUUUUGUGUUCUCUGGUUCAGUUGAGUUCUUUUACAUUGGUAUCGAUUGACUGUAACUGGACAAGUUUUUUGGUCCAAUUAAAAACUGAAGGAGGAUGAUAUGCUUCUUCUA